AUGGCUGAGAUCGUCCUCGUCGCCGGCUCGUACGAGGGCCAGCUCGAGGGCGGCGGCGGCGCCGUCUCGGCCCUCUCCUUUUACGGCGGCACGCACCUCCUCUCCGGCGGCGGCGACGGCGACGUCUGCAUCUGGCGCACGAGCGACUGGGAGUGCCUCCUGCGCAUGAAGGGCCACUCCGCGCCCAUCGAGGCGCUCGCGGUGCACCCUUCCGGACGGCUCGCCCUGUCGGUCUGCGCGGGCCGCAAGCUCCGGCUGUGGAACCUGCAGACCGGCAAGUGCAACUACACGUCGGCGCUGCCGCAGCCGACGCGCGUGCUGCUCUGGACGCCGCGCGGCGACGCGUACGUCACCGCCGCCGGCAGCGCGCUGCGGCUGCACGCGCUCGGAGGAGAAGCUGCCGAGAUGCUGCACGAGCAGCCAGUCCACUCAUCAGCGGCCGCCGCGCACGCCUCCCGCAUCAAGUGCCUCGUCUCGACCUUCCGCUCCUGCGGCGGCGGCGGCGCGCACCUCUCGUCGGCCUCGACCGACGGCUCGAUCCGGCUGUGGCGGCUGGUGGCGGCCGGCGCGAGCGAGCCGGCGCGGCUCGAGUCGCUGCUGCUGUUGCGCACCUCGCUCCGCCUCACCGCGCUCUGCGCCUCGCUCUCGCGGGCGGGCGUGGGCGGUGAGAGGCCGCGCCAGACCAAGGCCCUCGCUGGCGCCGAGAAGCCGCGCAAGAAGGCCAAGGAGCGGCGUGGCGAUCCGAGCGGCGCGGCGGCGGCGGGAGCCAAGAAGCGGAAGAAGAAGAGGCCGGACCCCGCGGAGUAUGAAAAGUCCAACGCGCUCGUCGGGUUCGGGUACGCCGUCGAAGGCAAGGCGUCCCGCUGCAAGCUCUUCAAGGGCCCCAUCCUCUCGACGCUGCCCGUCGGCGGCGCGCGCUGCUACAAGAAGGCGUCAAAGACGGAGCUCGGGCCGCACAAAAAGCGGCUCUAG